GGCCCUGCUCCUCCCAGAAACCCGGGGACAACCAGCUCAGCCUCUUGUCUGGAGCAGGAGCUGGGGCGCGGGUGUGAGCUGGGCUGAGCCGAGAGGACAGCACUGAAGGGCUGGCCCCUUUCUUCCUCUGAGACUCACGCCCCCCCAGGGCAUAUGCCUGUCAAGGGAGACCAGAGGACUGUGCAGUAUUGGGACAAUCAGGUUCUCCUCUCAGGAGGCCAUCUCUGCCCCAGAGGCCAAGCUGGUGCCAGAGGUCCAGGGACACCUAUUCAGUUCUCGUUCCAGGAGAAUGGAUUCCUGAUCCUGGAAGGAUUCUUGUCUGCAGAGGAGUGUGGGGCCAUGCGGGAGAGGAUUGGUGAGAUAGUGGCCCAGAUGGAUGUCCCUCUCCAUUGCCGCACAGUAUUUUCCACUAUCGAAGAGGAGCAGCUCGAAGCCCAGGGCAACACAGACUAUUUCUUGAACAGCGGCGACAAGAUUCGAUUCUUCUUUGAGAAAGACGUUUUUGACGAAGAAGGCAAUUUUCUGGUUCCUCCGGAGAAGUCCAUCAACAAAAUUGGCCAUGCUCUUCAUGCCCAUGAUCCAGUCUUCAGGUGUGUUACACAUUCCCCCAAGAUACAGGCCUUGGCCAGGAGUCUGGGUCUCCAGAGGCCCGUGGUGGUACAGAGCAUGUACAUCUUCAAGCAACCUUACAUUGGUGGCGAAGUCCUCCCUCACCAGGACGCCUCCUUCCUGUACACGGAGCCCCUGGGCCGGGUGCUGGGCGUGUGGAUCGCACUGGAGGAUGCGACGCUGGAGAAUGGCUGCCUCUGGUUCAUCCCUGGCUCCCAUACCAGCGGAGUGUCAAGAAGGAUGGUCCGGGCCCCUGCUGGCUUGGCACCUGGCACCAGCUUCCUCGGGUCAGAGCCAGCCUGGGAGAACAGCCUCUUUGUGCCCAUACCUGUGCAAAGAGGGGCCCUUGUCCUAAUUCACGGAGAAGUGGUGCACAAGAGUGAGCAGAACUUCUCUGACCACUCACGCCACGUCUACACUUUUCACCUCAUGGAGGCCUCUGGCACCAUCUGGAGCCCAGAGAAUUGGCUCCAGCCGACAGCUGAGCUGCCCUUUCCCGCACUGUACACCUAAAGGCCCUCAGCAGCGCUGGGGCACUGUCUCCUUCAGGUGAAGCUGGGGGCUGCAAACACUGCCAGCAGGCCAGUCUGCCUUGCCCAAUCCUCUGCCUGGCAGGCAGGUAGGCAGGGAAGUGGCAAGGCAGUAGCCCAGGCUGCACAGGGGGCUUUUCCAAUAUCUUUGUCUCUGCUUCCAUACUGCCCCAACACCACCUCUCCCUAGAGGUGGCCUUUUGGCCAUGAAAGGGUUCUGGCCACCUCUCUGCCAGCUUUUCACUCUCACCUCCUCUAAGAUGGAACUCUGAUUUGUACAUUGCAAGACAUUGAAUAAAAAAUGACUUACAAAUUCA